GAUAAUAAAUAGGAAGUAAAGAGUCCAAAAAAUAGGAUUUUGUCUUAAGUGGCCGAAAAACCCCUCCUUUACUCUAUGGUGAAUCGAAGUGGGGGCAUCGGAAUUGUCGUGAAAUCUGUGAAAAUGUGUAUUUGUGUAAUAUACUACAUGUAUGUCAUAACUAGCACUUUGUUAUUAUUUGGGGAUUGUGCUUUUCAAAAUAUUUUCCCUGUUCCAUAAAGUGUUUUGGAUAUCUUUUACAGGGCAUCUCAUUCCUCUGGAGAAUUUGUCAAAGAGGAAUGGGUUGAACUGCGCCAUGGUCCUUGGUUGCUUCAUUUGCAAGAAGGAGAGGACAUUCUCUUCAUCAGAAAAUGAAUGCGAAGGACGUGGGAAGUCUGCAGAAAUAAACCGCAGAGCUACUCUGACAGCAACGGAGGUUGGUUUGGCACGGGAUAGCUUGUGCGACUUGCUGACCAUCCUCGGAGCAGCCCCACUAGUCGAAGCCCCUAGCUACAACAGGCACAUAGCCACUUUAUCUUCCUUAUCCCAAGAGACCAGUAAGGAUCAGAAGAAGAAGGUGGCAGCAUGCCUACGUCAAAGGGCCAUGGACAAGGAUCUGACCAUCAGGGAAAAUGAUCAUGUAGACGUGGCAGUGCCCUACGAUGGAACAUGGCAUAGACGAGGUUACACAUCGAAUCAUGGGGUGGGGGUAGUGAUACCGAUCGAUACAGGGGAGAUUGUUUGACAGAGGGCCUAUCAAGAUCAUGUAAACAGUUUGAGUAUAGAAAGGGUUGGGUCUUCAGUGUUCUCAGCCAGAGGGACCUUAAUCGCCUUCAGAGACUCCAAAAAUGAGCAGCAAGGCUUGUAUUUUCUGCUCCUCUUCGAACUCACAUACAACCUCUUUGACUUGAACUUCAUUGUACAUGUUUAUACAAUGUUUUAGAACAUUGCAACUCAGUGCCUUAGUUUUUAUUGUACAUGUUUAUAUAUAUUUUAACUUGCCUUUCAUUUUAGUCAUGUUUACAUACACACUAUAUAUGACAUUUUAGUUAUUUAGAGGAACUAGGGUGAUAUAUAUGUGGGUAUUUAUCACACCUUAGUAGAAUAAGUCCAAGUAAUAUGUGUUGCAAUUAUGAACUUGCCUUUCAUUUGAGUUUUUAUUGUACAUGUUUAUACAAUGUUUUAGAACAAUCCUGUGCUGCAACUCAGUGCCUUAGUUGUUAUUGUACAUGUUUAUAUAUUUUUAACUUGCCUUUCAUUUUAGUCAUGUUUACGUACACACUGUAUAUGACAUUUUAGUUGUUUCUUUUUAACUUGCCGAUUAUUUAGAGGAACUAGGGUGAUAUAUAUGUGGGUAUUUAUUACAUCUUAGUAGAAUAAGUCCAAGUAAUAUGUGUUGCCAUUACGAACUUGCCUUUCAUUUUAGUUUGUAGUGUACAUGUUUAUGUGAUAUAUUUUUUACUUGCCUUUUAUUUUAGUUUUUAGCAUAUGUACAUGCAUACAACUUUUGAUAUAAACCAAAUACAUCCUGCCACUUUCAUUCAA